GUCUGUGCGUCGGGUAUAAAAGGCUCACCCGGCGCCUCCACCUCAGCUCAGACACUGCAGCAACACUGAAACCUUCCUGCAGACUCAUUCUACACUCCAGAAUGGACUUCCAAGUCUUUGCCCUGGUGCUGCUGGUCCUGGCCUGUGUGGAGCAGAGCCUGGCCUCCUGCGUGGUGGACAGCUUCACCGUCAAAGAGGACUUCGACCCCAAAAGAUAUGCAGGGAAGUGGUACGCUCUGCAGAAGAAGGAUCCUGAGGGUUUGUUCCUGCAGGACAACAUCUCUGCUGAAUACACUGUUGGAGACGACGGUGCCAUGGUUGCCUCCUCCAGGGGCAGAGUCACUCUCUUUGGGUUCUGGGUCGUGUGCGCCGACAUGGCGGCUCAGUACUCCGUGCCCGACCCCGGCACCCCCGGCAAGAUGUUCAUGAACUACCAGGGACUGGCCAGCUACCUGUCCAGCGGCGGUGACAACUACUGGGUCAUUGACACCGACUACGACAACUACGCCAUCACCUACGCCUGCCGCAGCCUGAAGGAGGACGGAAGCUGCGAGGACGGCUACGCCCUGGUCUUCUCACGCAACCCCCGUGGCCUCCCCCCCGCCAUCCAGAGAGCCGUCCGCCAAAAGCAGGAGGAGAUCUGCAUGGCCGGAGAGUUCCAGCCCGUGCUGCAGUCUGGAGCUUGUUAAACUGCUGGAGUCUGUUGAGUUGCUCUUCAUCAAACCAGACGGAUCAUCUCAUCCAAAAACAAGACAAGACAGAGUCCCGUCAAUAAUCCUGUUAUUGAUCUGUCCCGAUGUCAACGGAGAGAGUUAUCGGAUAAAUCCAAUUCAAUGCCCUAAUGUAACAAGUGUAAUUAACACCACAAUGAAAAUAUAAUUCCAAACCAAAUCCAGUGAGAAGUGGGGAGAACAUCUGUGCACUGUUGUCACGCUGAUGGGAAACAUCUGCACUGUGUUAUCACUCUGUGUUGGUGACAAUAAAUUUUAUA